CCCAGGGUUCCUUCUUCUUCUUUUCAGUUAAGAGCUCAAGAGUGGAAGUGGGCUGGGGAUGGUGUCAGGGGCCCAAGCUCCCAGCUCCCAAAGGCCCCUGCCUCUAUGCCCUUUGAGCUCAGGUAGCCCCUGCCCCCCUCACUCUCUGUUCUUUCUCAUCCUCUCUUCCUGUGUGUAAAUAUUAAAGAGCUGAGCCUGCAGGGCUGAUGUAGACAUGGGGAGAGAAUGAAAUUAAAAAGGAUUCCCUCGCCCCCAUCUCGACACCCCCGCCCCGCAGUCCCUCGCUCCUGCUUCUUCCCCUCUCCCCUCUUCCCUCCCCUCACUCAGUGCUUCCACAUGUCUCUCCUCCCCCCAGUCCAGAUGGGAGCUGGCUCCUUCAGAAAGGGGGCUCAGAACAGGGUGUGGGGAGCUACCUCUCUCUGCCUCCCCCCACCACAUCUGCCUGCAGGGCCGGGAGCCCCCAUGAGCCAGUGGUCCUGAGCCUUCUGAAGUUAGGAUUCUGCCUGGUGGUGGGGAUCCUGACAUCAAGGAUGGGACACCCCGGAUGGAGGUUCCUGGGGCCUGGCCCCCAAGACUAUGAAGAGCCUUUGCUGAGGCCAUGAGGGGUUACCAUGGCGACCGAGGCAGCCAUCCCCGCCCAGCCCGCUUUGCUGACCAGCAGCAUAUGGACGUGGGCCCAGCUGCCAGGGCCCCAUACCUGUUGGGCUCCAGGGAGGCCUUCUCCACUGAGCCCCGCUUCUGUGCCCCGAGAGCUGGCCUGGGACACAUUUCUCCUGAAGGGCCCCUGAGCCUGAGUGAAGGGCCAUCGGUAGGCCCUGAGGGAGGGUCAGGGGGGGCCGGGGUUGGGGGGGGUAGCAGCACCUUCCCCAGGAUGUACCCUGGCCAAGGCCCCUUCGACACCUGUGAAGACUGUGUGGGCCACCCCCAGGGCAAGGGUGCCCCCCGCCUGCCUCCCACACUCCUGGAUCAGUUUGAAAAGCAGUUGCCAGUUCAACAAGAUGGCUUCCACACGCUACCAUACCAGCGAGGGCCAGCAGGGCCAGGGCCCGGGCCAGCACCAGGGACUGGCACUGCCCCAGAGCCCCGCAGUGAGAGCCCUAGCCGCAUCCGGCACCUGGUUCACUCUGUGCAGAAGCUCUUUGCCAAGUCUCACUCUCUGGAGGCGCCGGGGAAGCGGGACUAUAACGGGCCCAAAGCUGAGGGAAGAGGUGGCUCUGGAGGAGACAGCUACCCCGGCCUGGGUUCUGGAGGCCCCCAUACCUCCCACCACCACCAUCACCACCACCAUCAUCAUCACCAUCAGUCCCGGCAUGGCAAGAGGAGCAAGAGCAAGGACCGCAAGGGGGAUGGGCGGCACCAGGCCAAGUCCACAGGCUGGUGGAGUUCCGAUGACAACUUGGACAGUGACAGCGGCUUCCUGGCGGGUGGGAGGCCUCCUGGGGAGCCUGGUGGUCCCUUCUGCCUGGAGGCUCCAGAUGGGUCCUACCGGGACUUGAGCUUCAAGGGGCGCUCGGGCGGGUCAGAAGGCCGCUGCCUUGCCUGCACUGGCAUGUCCAUGUCACUGGAUGGACAGUCGGUCAAGCGAAGUGCCUGGCAUACCAUGAUGGUCAGCCAGGGACGGGAUGGAUACCCGGGGGCCGGGCCAGGCAAGGGGCUCCUGGGUCCGGAGACCAAGGCCAAAGCCAGGACUUAUCACUAUCUGCAGGUGCCGCAAGAUGACUGGGGGGGUUACCCCACUGGUGGCAAGGAUGGGGAGAUCCCCUGCCGCAGGAUGCGGAGCGGCAGCUACAUCAAAGCCAUGGGGGAUGAGGAGAGCGGAGACUCCGACGGCAGCCCCAAGACAUCUCCCAAAGCAGUCGCCCGACGCUUCACCACCCGUCGCUCCUCCAGCGUGGACCAGGCCAGGAUCAACUGCUGUGUCCCACCCCGGAUCCACCCCCGGAGCUCCAUCCCCGGCUACAGCCGUUCCCUCACCACCGGACAGCUCAGCGAUGAGUUGAACCAGCAGCUGGAGGCCGUGUGCGGGUCCGUGUUUGGGGAGCUGGAGUCCCAGGCCGUGGACGCCCUGGACCUGCCCGGCUGUUUCCGCAUGCGGAGCCACAGCUACCUCCGGGCCAUCCAGGCCGGCUGCUCUCAAGACGACGACUGCCUGCCCCUCCUCGCUGCCCCUGCUGCUGUCUCAGGGAGGCCCGGCUCCUCCUUCAACUUCAGAAAGGCCCCGCCCCCCAUCCCGCCGGGAAGCCAGGCCCCGCCCCGCAUCUCCAUCACCGCCCAGAGCAGCACCGACUCCGCGCAAGAGAGCUUCACGGCGGCCGAGGGCCCUGCCCGGCGCUGCAGCUCCGCCGACGGCCUGGACGGCCCCGCCAUGGGCGCGCGCACCCUGGAGUUGGCGCCGGUGCCGCCCCGGGCCAGCCCCAAGCCCCCCACACUCAUCAUCAAGACCAUCCCUGGCAGGGAGGAGCUGCGGAGCCUGGCGCGGCAGCGGAAGUGGCGGCCGUCCAUUGGGGUGCAGGUGGAGACGAUCUCAGACUCAGACACCGAGAACAGGAGCCGGAGGGAGUUCCACUCCAUCGGCGUGCAGGUGGAAGAGGACAAGAGGCGAGCAAGGUUCAAGCGCUCCAACAGUGUGACGGCCGGCGUGCAGGCAGACCUGGAGCUGGAGGGCCUGGCUGGCCUGGCCACGGUGGCCACAGAAGACAAGGCCCUGCAGUUUGGACGCUCCUUCCAGAGGCAUGCCUCUGAGCCCCAGCCUGGGCCCCGGGCCCCCACCUACUCAGUCUUCCGCACAGUCCACACGCAGGGCCAGUGGGCCUAUCGUGAGGGCUACCCACUGCCGUAUGAGCCGCCGGCCACCGAUGGGUCACCCGGCCCUGCCCCCGCCCCCACCCCUGGCCCCGGGGCCGGCCGCCGUGACUCCUGGAUAGAACGUGGUUCCCGUAGCCUCCCUGACUCAGGCCGUGCGUCCCCCUGCCCACGGGACGGCGAGUGGUUCAUCAAGAUGCUGCGGGCAGAGGUGGAGAAGCUGGAGCACUGGUGCCAGCAGAUGGAGCGUGAGGCGGAGGACUAUGAGCUACCCGAGGAGAUCCUGGAGAAGAUCCGCAGCGCUGUGGGCAGCACACAACUUCUCCUGUCCCAGAAGGUUCAGCAGUUCUUCCGGCUCUGUCAGCAAAGCAUGGAUCCCACUGCGUUCCCUGUGCCCACCUUCCAGGACUUGGCGGGUUUCUGGGACCUCCUACAGCUCUCCAUCGAGGAUGUGACCCUCAAGUUCCUGGAGCUACAGCAACUCAAGGCCAACAGCUGGAAGCUCCUGGAGCCUAAGGAGGAGAAGAAGGUCCCUCCGCCGAUACCAAAGAAGCCCCUGCGGGGCCGGGGCGUGCCGGUGAAGGAGCGCUCCCUGGACUCCGUGGACAGGCAGCGGCAGGAAGCGCGCAAGCGGCUCCUGGCGGCCAAGCGCGCUGCUUCCUUCCGCCACAGCUCGGCCACCGAGAGUGCCGACAGCAUCGAGAUCUACAUCCCCGAGGCCCAGACCAGGCUGUGACCGGUCCGGCCCGCCCAGCCCGGCCCGGGCCCGCGGUUCUCCACCCGUACUGUACACCCAGCGUCGAGGUCACUGUGAACGCGGGCCGCCCCCGAGCGCCCGCCCCACCGGCACCGCACGCCCCGGCCCCCGGGCCCGUCACACUCUCGUGGGUUUUUUACCUUCCUGACCCCACGCGAAGGCGCCCAGGCUGGGCAGGGGGCCGUGCCUCUCCGCCCUGCGCCCCUCACCUGGAUUCCCCCGCCCACCUGGUCCGACGCUUUGUCCCCACCUUCUCCCCAUGGGCACCAUCUCUGCCAUUCUUUCCCCCCACGGGCCAGGCCGGGCCGGGUCCCCCAUCUGGGCUCUGCGUUCCCCCCACCCCGCGGGGCUGGGCUUCGUGGGGAUCAAGCUUCGUGGCUUUUUAUGAAGAAUCCCGAACCCUGCCUAGGAGCCUGCCCCACCCUCCCAGGGGCUCCAUCCUCAGCCCUCAGCCCACCGGGCCCAGGGACCACAGUGGCUGGACCAACCCAGGACCAGGGCGCCUGGGCCUCUCCCCUUUCCCAGCGGCUGGGGAGGGGAGAUGGGGGCUUCCCCUCACCACACCUGUGGCUGUUCCCUCACCCCCUUGAGUAUCCCAGGAAAAAUAAAACGGCAGAACUGCACUCGAGCCAGCUGCUCUCUCCAGAAGAGGCCACCUCCGUCCCGUGUGUGGGAGGACGGGGGUGAAGGGAGAAGGGGCCAGGAGCCCACUCUCUUGGUUUGGAGACAGCAGGGGUUGCCUGGGCUCCUCCCAGGGAUGGGCCAGCUGGUGGAAAGGAGAUUCGGCCCCUGGUGCCCACAGUAAGAACCUGGACCCUCCUGCAAGGGCCCAGGUAGGGUGAAGAGGGGGAGGAUGUCUAUCUUCCUGCUCUCCCUGUUUUGGUGUUUUCCAUUCUGCCUCCCAGUCCCCAGGGGUCCCCCCCAGAGAGGGAAGCCUGGAGCUCGCUCAGCACACAGCAUGUGCUCAAUAAACUGGGGGUGUGGUUAUUGUUAGGUAUUGACAAAUACUGGUUUCCCUUCCCCUAGGGGCACAGUGUUCCUUCUGCUCCAGUCAUUACUGAUCAGCAGAAAAACUUCAGGCCUGCCACAUUUUCUGAUGCCUCCUAUGGGUGGGCACCUUGGUGGGGGAUGGCGUGGGGGAGCAGGAAGUACAAAGAACCAAGCUCUCCUGGGAAGCCAAAUGGCAACCAGAACCUAGUAUCGAUGGCUUUAUUGAGUGGUCAGUGCGGGUCAGGCAAGGGGUGAGUGCUUUACAUGAAUGUGGCUGGUCCUUACAACAGAUGAGAAAGCCAAAGCUCAGGGCAGGUUACAUGACCUGUCCGAGGUCAAAUGCCAAAUCAUGAGAUUUUAGCUCUGCAGCCUUCUUAGAUCAGAGAGGCUGAUGGCAGUCUCCACCCAGAAUGCCCCUUUCCACUCCUUGAGCAGUCCUUUGGGUUGGUGUGUCACCUCCAGGCAGGAGGAUAAGCCUUCAGUAUUGGCUACUUUUCUGGGCCACACUGGAUCAGCUAAUUCUUCUCAUUUGUUUAUGUGGCACACACCACAGGGAUAGCCCUGAACAAGAUGUAGUUUCUACCCUUAAUGGAGCUUAGUAUGGUGGUAUGGGAAAAACAGACAAGUAAGCAGGCAGUUAAAAUACAGGAGUGAGUGCCAGAAAGAUGAUGAGAGGUUAGCAGCUGGAGGAGGGCCAGGGCUGGGAAGAAUGUUCCAAGAUCAGGGAACAGCUGUGCAAAGGCCUGGAGGACGAAGAGACAUUGGGAGCACAGAGACUUGAUGAUAUCAGUGUUUGGGUCUCAUUGAGGAGGGUGGCCUGGGUCUUGUGGGCUGUAGGGAGCCAGAGGAGGGUUUUGAACAGAAGAGUGGCAUGAAUGAUUUAUAGACUGGUUUCGUAGAUGACUUCUGAAAAGCAAGAGAUGGUUCACAUACACACUCAUGUGAGCCUGGAAGGUGAGGAGGGCUCUAAUGGGAUCUGAAUUCCCAAAAGUAAUCAGUUUGGAGCUGAUCUCAUACAGACUCCUGAGCCUGGUCCAAGACUUAGUGAAUAGACUCUGCCCUCCAAUAAGUUUUUAACAAGUGCUCCACAGGAUUCUGAGCAGCCAGGUUUGGGAAGACUUAAAUUGGAUGACUGUCCAAAAGUCUCCGAUAGAAGUAAACUGGGUCAGUUUCCUUUGCUAAGAUUGUUUUAUCAUCUCUAAAAUUGGGACAUGGGUGAGGUUUGAACUCAGAGCAAUGCUAUAAAACAGGUAUUGUUAUCACCCCCAUUUACAGAUGAGGAAACUGGGGCUUGGAGAGGUUUAAACAGCUUACCUCAAACCAUGAAGCCAGGAAGUGGCUGAGUCUGAGUUUAAUCCUUUACAUUAUACAGCAUUUUAUGGGUCUAUGACUUUUCUCAGAAACAGCUAGGUUUCCCAGGAUUGUGAGGUAUACGGGAGAGGGCACAAAGGAACAGGUCAGCAUCUGCAACUCUGUGGUUAUCCUGCUGCAGACAUGAUGUCCAAAAUCUCCCCAGCUGGGGCUGGUGUGGAUGAGUCUCCUUUGGUUUUUGUGGCCUAGGUAGUUAUGCUGAGCCCCGUAGAUAAGUUGAAGAUUAGAUCCAGUCCUUUUGCUUGAGUUGCUUACAGUCUGGCCAUGGCCAGGCACAUAAACAGAAAGUUAUGGUGCAAAGGGAGGCCUGCUCUCCCAGAAGGACUGAGGGAUUGAGAGGAGAGAGCCUCCAGCAACCAGGGUGUCUUAAUCUAUUUCGUGCUGCUAUAAUAGAAUACCACAGAGUGGGUAACUUAUAAUAAACAGGUAUUUAUUGGCUCACAGUUCUGGGGGCUGGGAAAUUCAAUGUCAUGGUGCUGGCAUCUUUUGAGGGCCUUCUUGCUAUGUCAUCCCAUGGCAGAAGUUGAGCAGGCAAGAGAGGGAGUUGAACUUGCCCUUGUAUAAGGGCAUUAAUUCCACCCUUGAGAGUGCAGCCCUCAUGGCCUAAUAACCUCGUAAAGGUCUCACUUCUUAAUACUUACAAUGACAAAUUUCGGCAGAAGUUUUGGAGGGUACAACCAUAGCACAGGUAGUCUGGGAAAGCUUUCUGCCUUCUGAACUGGAUCUUGCAGGAUGAAUUAGCAUUUUGCAGUCAAGGAAGAGAAGGGAGAAAUUCAUUUCUGGCCAAGGGACCAGCCUGGGCAAAGCCAUGGAAGCACAUGUGUGUUGGGAGUGAAAGCAUAGGCUGGAGAGGGUGGCAGGUGAUGGUGGCUGUAGAGGACGUGGAGGAGAUAUGGCCAGAAGGGACCCAUAGAGAGUUGGUGAUUGGGGGCUAAGAUGGAGACCUCAUAGUUUUAUUUGAAAGAUAAAACUAUGAUAAACAGAAUGGAAAUGAACUGGCAGGGGCAACAAGACGGCAGGGAGACCAUUGAGGGAGCUGCUAAAGUGGUCCAGCUAAGAGAGAAUGAUGUUGACUUUAAGGGAAAUUUAGGAGGCAUAGGUGCCGUAAGCUGGAUCUGGGGAAUAAUGCAAAGAUGGGACGCCUUGAAGGUGUCACUCAGAUGUCUGGCUUAAUGAAUGAGUAAAGCCACGAAUGGACAUAGGACAUUACAGAAGGAGCAAUACAGUUUGGAAAUACUUAACAUGUCAAUAACCAUUUACUGAGCACUGAGAAGGUGCAAACUACUAUGCCAAGCACUUUAUACAUGUUUAGAUUGAUUUAAUACAGCAACCCUAGGGGCGGGUUCUAUUAUUGUCUUUUUUUUAAAACAAAGAGUGUAAAUAGCUUUUCUGAGAUUAGCAGACAAGAGUCAGGAUUCGAACCCAUGGCUAUCUGAUUUCUAAGUCUUUGCUCCUGAGCCCCUCAGCACUUCUGCUUGAGGGAACCACUAGCCAUGACUCAAGACUCAGCUCAAGGCCUGGUUCCUCUAGGGAGCCUUCCUUGAACCUUCCUGGCCGGGCUGAAGAUCCUCUUCUGUGCUGCGUGUGUAUACUUCUGUCAUCACAUUUCUUACACUCUGUUGACAUUUUGUAGACCCAUCUGUUUCUUUAGUCAGAGAACUCCAGAGGCAGGUUGGUCCCAGUCAUUUUUGCAUCCCCAAUGCCUGGCACAUGAUUGGCUGACUGGAUGCCAGUUCCUCUGGGCAGUUCUGUUCCCUUCUCUCCACAUAUUCAAUUAGUGAACAGGUUCUGCUAACAACGGUCUCCUAAAUAUUUCUUUGUACUGUUGGGGCUCGGAAAGCAAUACCCCAAAGACUGGGGCUUUGACAUGCCGAGAGGCCUUCGAAGCUGCCGCAGAAUCAAGGUCCCUCUAAUCUUGUUAUCCAAGUACAGGGAGGGACUCUCUGGAGUUUCCUAAUCUGAUCAAGAAAACUUCUUUCCAAAAGAAACAAAAUUGCCUUCCUCCCCUCUCCGAAAUCUCAUCUAUCUCUGAAAAGAAGACUGAGGAGGGCAACCACACCUGGAUGGAUUUUUUACAAGAUGAUGCCUGCUUCUCGGGCUCAUUCAAAUUCUAAAGAGAAUCAUUUACAAAUGAAUUUCUGUCCGUUUUUUUUCUGCUCUAAGAAUCACUUAGGGCCCUCAAAAGAAUUGUCUAUAUUCUCUGUCUCUUCCCUUCCCCUGUGAAAAAGGGUGUAUAAUCUUCUGUACCCCAUUGGAUUAUUGGGUAACCAUUCUCCUGUGACCCUUCCCUUCCCGGCCACCCCACCCCCCGUGCUAUGCACGUUAAAAUAAAAUUUUGUAUGUCUUUUCUCCUAUUAA